CCGUGAUGUCAGCGGCUCAGACCCAGAAGGAGGGCAGCGAGGCGGGCUGGAGCUGCCUGGAUUCUCUGGGUCUCAGUCAGAAGGAGCUGGUUCUGGCUGAGGCUUUGCAGAUGGAGUACGACGCUCUGUCCAGACUCAAGCAGGACCAGACCGGGACCCGGGCCAAGACCCCCGUCCCCUCCGAGGACCGGCCCCGCCCCGCAGGAGGAGGCCUGCUGGGGGAGCUCUCUGGGUCGGACCCCUCCCUGAACCAGCCUGGAGGGUCCCGGUCUCCGUGCUCCCCCCCCACCAGGGCGCCCCCCCCUCAGGGAGGCUUCAAAGACUCUGUGUACAUCCUGGACGGCCUCGGGGACUCCGGUGGACCCAAAGCCCCUCUCUUCCCCUCUCUUCCAGACGACGUCCCCCCCGCCUUGCCCCCCAGACAGCCACUCCCCCCCCCGGGGCCGGAGACCCCCCCCUUCCUGCCCCCCCGCGGGUCCACCGUGCCCCGCGACGUCAACCUGUUCACGCCCGACGUGGACCGGCCCAAAGUGGGCUCUGGGGAGCUGAACUACGACAACAUCAACGAGUCGCUGUCCCGCCUCAACGGGGGUGGGCAGCCGGGUCCACGGGGGCGCCGGGUCAACGGGGACCAAUCAGGGAAGCCCGUGGCUCGCAGUAAGACCCUCCCCCCUCAGGUGCCCCCCAGGACCUACAUGCCGGGACCCAAGAGCAACAAGAACCAGCGGAGGGUUUCUGCAGACCCGGUGGCGCUGGGCUCCAGGAUGAACGGGUUUGGAUACGAAUUGUUCCAAGUUUCUGAAGAGAGAGACGAAGAAGUGGCUGCUUUCUGUCACAUGCUGGAUGUCCUCCGCUCAGCGUAUCCUCACAGCGACCAAUCGAAGAACACCGGCUUCGUCUGGUCUGCGUCUGUCGGCCAUGAUGAGCUUCACCAGGCUCUGGGAGUCAGUGUGAAGGUGACCGUCAUCAGCCAACACUUCAGAGAGCCGCUCACCUUCACCUGCGAUGGCUCCUCUACAGUAGACCUGCUGAUCUAUCAGACUCUGUGUUAUGCUCAGGAUGAUCUGGAUCACCUGGAUGUGGAUCAUUACCUGCUGAAGGUCUGCGGACACGAUGAGUAUCUACACAAUUCUCAGACUCUUGCAGGUCUUGAGUUUGUUCAACAGUGUCUGAAGUUCGACUGGGACGUCCGACUGUUUCUCACCAAGAGAUCUGACAUCACCACAGAGCUGUCCAAAGACGAUGAUGACACAUCUUCCUCCAUGAACCACAGCAUCCUGCUGCAGGAGCGUCCAAUCAAACAGACCGUCACCAGAGAGGCUCUGAGUCUGCUGCUGGACACCUUCCACAACGAGGCCGAGUCCUUCCUCAUGUCUGAGGCGGAGCUGUCGCUGCACGUGGAGCGUCUCGUCCAAUCGGUGAAGGCGCUCUGCAGCUCGUUGGCUGCCGUGGAAACGCCUGACGUAACGUCGGCCCUCAGCCAGCUCCCAGCAUGCCCCUGUCGCCUGCAGCCCAAAGUCCUGAAGGAUGCAUCAGUGCUGUCCGUCAGAGAGAACAGAGACAAAGUGGUGGAGAGGUUGACGGCGGCCAUCUUGGAUCUGGUGGAGCUGUACUGCUGCACCUUUAAUGCAAACUUCCAUCCGACUCCUCAGAACCUCAGCUGCUCUGCUCCGGUUCAGGAAGCCGGACUCAUUAACAACGUCCUGUCAUUCAGUGUGUACGCUGCUCACCGCAUCCCCAUCACCUGGGCCGCAAGUUAUGAAGGCUUCUUCCUGUCCUGCUCUCUGACUCAUGGAGGGGAGGAGCUCUGUGCUCCGCAGCACACCAGCAAACAGUCUGUCAGCAAAUACCUGUUUCACCUGGUGGUCUGGGACCAGAGAGUGUGUUUCCCGGUGCAGAUCAAUCAGCUCCCUCGUGAGUCUCAGCUGACAGUGACUCUGUACGCCAGCUCUCUGCCGCCUCCUGGAGGAGCGGAGGAGAAGGGGAAGCAGCGGAGGAGCAUCGAGGCGCUGGGCUGGGUCACUAUGCCUCUGUUCAACUUCAGACAUGUGCUGACAUGUGGCAGGAAGCUGCUGGGUCUCUGGCCGUCUACACCGGGCAGGACUCGCUCCAGCUCUCCUAACUUCAGCCAACCGGACAGCGUCAUCCUGCAGGUGGACUUCCCCACCUCGUCCUUCGAGGUGCGCUUCAGCACGCCGCCUCCAGCUGACUUCUGUCCUCAGUACGACUUCAGCAGGCUGGACGCCGUCAGUCAGAUCACACUGCAGGACGUCCUACACAAGAAGGCUGUGUUCUGGUUGACGGCGGAGGACCGGCGCCUGCUGUGGGAGAAGAAGGCUUUCUGCCAGGCAGAGCGAGCAGCGCUGCCUCUGGUUCUGGCCAGCGCCCCCUGCUGGCAGUGGACCUGUCUGCCUGAGAUCUACGCUCUGCUCAGACAGUGGUGCUGCCUGGAACACCUGGAUGCUCUGGGCCUGCUGCACGCCUCGUUCCCGGACCAGGAACUGAGGAGGACGGCUGUCCAAUGGAUGGACUCCAUCUCAGAACCGGAGCUGCUGGACUUCCUGCCUCAGCUGGUCCAGGCUCUGAAGUACGAGUGUUACCUGGACAGCUCUCUGAUUCGCUUCCUGUUACGUAGAGCCAUCGGAGACGUUCGCAUCGCUCACUACCUGUUCUGGCUACUGAAGGACAACCUGCAGGACAGCCAGUUCAGCGCUCGCUAUCAGCAUCUUCUGGCUGCUCUGCUUUGCUGCGUCGGUCGAGGUCUGAGAGACGAGUUCGACCGUCAGUGCUGGCUCGUCUCCGUCCUCGCUAAGGUGGCUCAGAAGGUCCGGGACGCCCCCCCGUCCAGCAGACAGUCUGUCCUCAGAGACGGUCUGGAGGAGAUGAAGCAGUUCUUCUCGGUGAACAGCAGCUGCAGACUUCCUCUGAAUCCGGCGAUGCUGGUCCAAGGAAUCAACAUCCAGUCUUGCUCUUUCUACAACUCCAACGCUGUUCCUCUCAAACUGUCGUUCAAAAACCUCGACCCGCUCGGAGACAACGUCAACGUCAUCUUCAAGUCGGGGGACGACCUGCGGCAGGAUAUGCUGACUCUGCAGAUAAUCCGCAUCAUGAAUAAGAUCUGGAUCCAGGAGGGUCUGGACAUGAGGAUGGUGAUCUUUAAAUGUUUCUCCACCGGCAGAGGACGAGGUAUGGUGGAGAUGAUCCCGCAGGCCGACACGCUGAGGAGGAUCCAGGUGGAGCACGGAGUCACCGGAUCCUUCAAAGACCGGCCGCUCGCUGAUUGGCUGCAGAAACACAAUCCUACCGACGAGCAGUACGACAAGGCGGUGGAGAACUUCAUCUACUCGUGUGCCGGCUGUUGCGUAGCAACGUAUAUUUUGGGAAUCUGCGACCGACACAACGACAACAUCAUGCUGAAGACGAGCGGUCACAUGUUCCACAUCGACUUCGGGAAGUUCCUCGGACACGCGCAGAUGUUCGGAAACAUCAAGAGAGACCGCGCCCCCUUCGUGUUCACCUCCGACAUGGCCUACGUCAUCAACGGAGGAGACAAACCUUCCAGCCGCUUCCACGACUUCGUGGAUCUGUGCUGCGAAGCGUACAACCUGAUCAGGAAACACACACACCUGUUCCUCAACCUGCUGGGCCUGAUGUUGUCCUGUGGGAUCCCUGAACUCUCUGAUCUGGAUGAUCUGAAGUACGUCUACGAUGCUCUGAGACCUCAUGAAUCUGAAGCUGAUGCCACCAUGUACUUCACCAGGCUGAUAGAGUCCAGUCUCGGCAGUGUUGCCACCAAACUGAACUUCUUCAUCCAUAAUCUGGCUCAGAUGAAGUUUGCGUCUACGGAGGAUCGUCCCACGCUGUCGUUCGCUCCCAGAGUUCACACAGCGAGGAGCGACGGCCUCAUCAGGAGCCUCUACAUCUGCAGACACGUCCGCUCUGCCAACAAGGGAUACGCCUUCGUAGUGAAGGUGGAGCGUGAAGGGCAGCUCGAGGCUUCACUGGUUCAGAGAACGUUUGAAGAGUUUCAUGAACUGCACAGUAAACUGAGACUGAUGUUCCCUUCAUCUAAACUACCCAGCUUCCCGAGCCGCUUUGUGAUUGGCCGGUCUCGUGGCGAGGCGACGGCCGACCGCAGGAAGGACGAGCUGAACGGUUACGUUUGGCACCUGAUCCACGCCGAGCCCGAGGUCGCUCAGUGUGACAUCGUUUAUACUUUCUUCCAUCCGCUGCCCAGAGACGAGAAGACAGGAAGUACACCUGGAAAACCAGCAGAGAUCUCGUGGUCUCCGGUCUCAGUUUCGGGGAAAGAACUCGGUGAAGUCAAACUAUCGAUCUGCUACAAGAACGACAAACUGUUCAUCAUGGUGAUGCACAUCAGAGGCCUGGUCACCCUGCAGGACGGGACUGAUCCAGACCCGUAUGUGAAGCUUUAUCUUCUUCCUGAUCCUCAAAAAACCAGCAAGAGGAAAACGAAGGCGGCGCGAAGAACCUGCAACCCCACGUACAACGAGAUGCUGGUGUACGAGCGGAUCCCUCGGGGGGAUCUGGAGCAGAGAGUGAUCCACCUGCGUGUUCUGGGUGACGGAUCCUUCUGGGAGAACACGCCUGGAGAAACCUUCAUCCCUCUGAAGAGGCUGGUACCGGGUCAGCACUGGGUGGACUGGCACCAGCUGGGGGGCCGCAGGGGCCCGACCCCCCCCCACUGACACACACACACACACACACACACACACUGACCCCCCCCCACUGACACACAC